AUGUUCGAAGAAGCUGUUGUUUUUUAUUUUUUUAUUUUGGGGUUUAUUAGUUUGCUUGCCUCAAGUAAGCUUCUCGAGGUUAUUACAUUAAUUGAAAAAAAUUCCGUUGGAGAAUGUUGUUAUUAUAUUUGUGGGUUUAUUGUUCUUUCAUUAGCGUUGCAGGAGAGAGGCAAUGAGUAUGUUAAGCAGGGUAAAAAGCAUUACUCUGAUGCUAUCGAUUGCUACACGAGGGCGAUAAAUCAGAAUGUUUUAAGUAGCUCUGAGAACUCGAUUUUAUAUGCAAAUAGAGCCCAUGUCAAUUUACUACUAGGAAAUUAUAGACGCGCUCUCAUGGAUGCUGAGGAGGCAAUCAAAUUGUGCCCAAAUAAUGUUAAGGCACAUUAUCGGGCAGCUAAAGCGUCAUUGGUGUUGAAUUUGUUGAAUGAAGCAAAAUCAUUUUGUGAAAAGGGACUUGAGCAGGACCCAGAUAACAAGGAACUAAAGAAGCUUGCUGGGGAGAUUGAUUCACGGAAGCAAGAGGAAGACGAGCACCAGGCUCUAGUUUCUAAGGCAGUGUCAGAGGCUAAGGACCUUGCUUCUGCAAUCCAGAAUAGAGGCUUGAAGAUUGGGAAGGCGAUGUUUCAAGAACUUACUGGAUUAAGGAAACCGGUUUUAGAUAAUAAUAAUAUUCUUCACUGGCCAGUUCUUCUUCUGUAUGCAGAGGUUAUGUCCAGUGACUUUAUUGAGGACUUCUGUGAGACCGACAUUUUUGCAGUUCAUCUUGACAUGAUGUUUUCAGAAGGUUGUCCACCACUGCCAUGGGAUAAAGAAAAUAACUAUAUGCGUGAAGCAGUUGAACUGUACUAUGAGGCUGGUUCUGGAGUUUCUCUGUCAAAGACAAAACUUCUCCGUUAUCUGCUAGAGGGGACUGCCGGUGCUAAUGCUGAAAGCAUCAGUGAUGAAGAGAAGGAUGCAAUUGAUGACUACUCUGCAGGUAGGGGCUCUAAAUGGGUCAAGGUAAAUGAGAAAAGGAAGCUCUAUGAUGUUCUGAAAGAAGCUAACUUCAUCAUCCCUGGGAUCCCAGUCUUUUAUGUUGUUUCAAAGACCUCCAGCUUCUACAAAGAUUUCAGAUCAGGCAAAUGGACUCCACCUCCAUGAGUGGGUAGCAUAAUCAAAACAACUAGCAGC